CAUUGUCCACACUCAUAUUGCAGACUGGGAAACAGGUAGAUAUCCUCUCAUAGGAACAUUGUGGAACCACGGCCAGGAGGAAACCAACGUAGUCAGCGCGCCUUCGCUUCUUCGCACUGCCAGAGACCUAAACGCUGCCAGCAUUCCUCCGAGAACUUGUGUCAUGGCGUCGUUCACACUGAUGGUGGGAGAGUUCCAUAAGGUGAAGAUCUCCGCGAAGAACAUUCUAAGCGCGGGCUCUUUGGUGAUUAAGGACUUCUCGCAGCUUUGCAGCCGAAAAACCGGCGUGUUUGUCGUAAACAAGGCCCUAGUGAAGCUGUACUCCGUUGGCUACAACCGGACAUACGCCUAUGAUGAUGCUGAAACAAUGACAGCCAAGGCUGUGGCUUUCUUCAAGCUCUACCAACACCUGCGUCAGGGCUGGGCUGUGUUCGAUACAGAAUUUGAGGACUACGAUGACACCUGCGGCAACGGCACCUUCAGCAGGCUGAAGGCUUUCAAGGCGAAGCUUGUCGCAUGAUUCCAGUGUUUGCUACAUAAA